ACAGAGAUCCACGUCUUAUUCCAUGUUCCUAAAGGUCUAGAAUCUAUAGCAGCUACAGAUAUUGCUGCUUGUCUUCCUGAUCUUGAACAGCCUCGUUAUUGCUAUGAACUCAAGACAGGCCAUGUUCACCUGUUUUGUCGAGUUACCAGUGUUUCAGCAAUCAAACAUUCUAUUUCAGCUGCACGGCUAUUGAGUAUUUACAGUGUGACACUGAUUGCGUCUCAAUCUAUCGUAUCCUCCGAGCUACUAUCAACACAAGAACCUUUAUUUGAAUUUAUUCAACAACAAACAAUCAACACACCAUGGUACGAUAUGAUCGAACAAGACCCUACAUCCAACUGCUUUUCAUUUCGAGCCACAUUUAAAAAAGAAGGCGUAAAACACAAGAUUUCCAGUCAAGAAUUCGCAGGUCAUGUUGGUGUUGCAUUUAGUGAGUUUUAUCCUGGAUGGAAAGUGAAGAUGACAGAGUACGAUUAUGAGAUCAUGGCCUAUUGGUUGCCUGGCUUACCUGGUCAACAAAAUCAAGAAGGCUAUGUGUUUUUAUUAGGACUCACUAUUCCUGUUCAGGAUCAAGCACAACGACAUCGCAUAUUUACUGGACGCACAAGUCUAAAUCCUUGUAUUGCUUAUUGUCUGGUAUUAUUGGCUGACCCAAGACCCGGGCAGGUCAUUCUUGACAUGUGUUGUGGAACAGCGACGAUUCCUAUUGAAGGAGCAGCUCGGUUUAAAAAUGUAUUUUGGCUUGGAAGUGAAGUCAAGAUGGAAACACUUGAAACAUUAGCUUUAGGCAAUGUAAAACACUGUGGUUUGCGAAACAUAGAUUUAAUGCUGGGAGAUGGUAGGAAGCUUUGUUAUCGAAAGGAAUCAGUGGAUACUAUUGUUUCGGACUGGCCAUGGGGAAUAAGAGAAAACACGUAUAAACAAAUUCAAGGACUCUAUCCUAAAUUCAUGAAACAAAUGUGGCAAGUAUUAAGACCAGAAGGUAAAGCUUAUAUUGUGACUCAAGGACACAAAUUGAUGAAAAGAGUGCUGGAAUAUGACUGGUGUCAGAAACUAUGGCAUCUUGAACAAGUAAAGCCUAUUGGUAUUGGUGGUUUAGAUGUAAAUUUGUAUAUUUUGAAAAAAUCCAAAUAAAGAUGUGUUGUCUCUCUUAAAGAAAAUACGUUUAUGCAUUAGCUUUGGACUUGCCUUUUGAUCCUUCAGAU